CAUUUUCCUUCUUCUUUCUCUAAAUAAUCCGUGAAUUUUCCACUCACUAAGAAAAUUUUCCACUAGAUUUUUAAAUUCAAAAUCCAUUUAAAUUUUCUAUUUUUUUCUCCUCUGCCUGUAAAAUUCAAAUCUACCCCAAAAACAGAAGGCCUCCAAAGCGCGUGAAAAAAAAAUUUGUUAGUUGCCAGUGAGAGCAUUCUCAUUAUCCUCGAGUGCCGGCACUACUGACAAUUUUGCAGAUUGUUAUUAAAACUAUAAAUCAUGAUCCAGUUGUCCUCUUUUUUGUCUCUUUUUUUGUUCUAUUUGGAUGUUAUGAUAUGACCUUUUCUUCUCCUCUGAUCUUCCUUUUUUCUAGAGCAUUUCUGCCAGUUGUUUUCUGUGCUUUUCACUGAUAAUUUCUUGGAUAACGGAAAAGAUUUUUCUUCAAAACAUGGUCUGAUUUGAUUGAUCAAGUAAUUUGACAAAAACCCAUCAACGAAAAACAAGAAAAAGAGUGAAAGAUUGUUUCUUUUUCUCAGUUUUUGCAGAGAUCAAGAGAAAAAGUAGAAAUAGGACCAUGGGGAAAAGCAAUAGUAGCAGAGACUGGACUCAGAUCUAUGGCAUCUAUGGCAUGGAUCAGUGGCAAACCCUUGCUUUCCUCUUAUGCCACGCGGUUUUUUUCUCAUUACUCUCAAUUCUAUUGCUUUUCUACUUCGACUCCAUCUUCCACUUCUUCCAAACUUUUCUUUCCACUCCUGGAGCAGCCCGUUUUGCAGCCGGUUUCAGCGGCGCCGUCACGGCGAUUUCCGCUGUUUGCUUGUUCUUCGCGGCGGCCAACUUUUUUUACUCUGCUGGGCCGUUGCGUUAUGACAUGGCACAGCGAAUGGUGGGGUCGGUUAAUGAUUGGUCGACGGUGAAGCUGGCGCUUGAUGUUGGGUGUGGCAGAGGGAUUCUGCUCAAUGCGGUCGCGACGCAGCUGAAAAAGACUGGUAGUUCGGGUCGGGUUGUGGGGUUGGAUCGGUCCAAACGAAUUACUUUAUCCACGCUGCGAACUGCCAACAUGGAAGGUGUGGGGGAGUAUGUCACAUGCAGAGAAGGUGAUGUAAGGAGUCUCCCAUUUGGGGAUAACUAUUUUGAUGUGGUAGUAUCAGCUGUGUUUGUGCACACAGUAGGAAAAGAAUACGGCCAUCGCACGGUGGAGGCAGCGGCGGAGAGGAUGAGGGUGCUCGGAGAAAUGGUAAGGGUCUUGAAGCCCGGCGGAAUCGGGGUCGUGUGGGACCUCCUCCACGUGCCGGAAUACGUCCAGCGGUUGCAAGAAUUAAAGAUGGAGGAUGUUAGGGUUUCUGAACGUGUGACUGCCUUCAUGGUUAGCAGCCACAUGGUAUCGUUUCGGAAGCCAUGUCAGCACAUUUUGGGCCUCGGUGAGAUCCGGUUGGACUGGAGAUGCUGACGUGGAAAUAUUAAUUUUGAUUCAUAAUCAAAGAAGAAAAAAGGGAGUGAAAUUAUAGGUAAAAAUAUAAUUAUU